AUGAAUAACAAUAACAAUAAUAAUAAUAAUAAUAAUAAUAAUAAUAAUAAUAAUAAUAAUAAUAAUAAUAAUAAUAAUAGCUUUAAAAAUAAAAAUGGGAAGAAAUAUAAAGAAUUAUUGCCUGAUGAAGAGGGUUUAGAUGAUAGCAUUGCAAGUGAAAAUAGUAAUGUCGAAGAGGAUGGUGAGGAUUUCGUUGAAACCAUAAUUUAUAGCGAAGAACCAGUUGCAAUUGGUGAUAAUCCUAGUCCUAUAUUUAUUAAAAAAAUAAAAAAAUCUAAUUGGAACAACAGCGUACAUAUUUGGAGAUCUUUAAUUGGAUAUUCAAUAAAUAAUAUUAAAAAAAAUAAAUUAAAUUUUUCAAUUGGGUUUAUUUCAUGUUUUUUAGUGGUGUUUUUGGUUUCAACUGGUUUAUCAAUUCUAUCAAGUGUAUCGCUUAUUUAUCUUAGUCAAGCAGAUUAUCAGUCCGGUGGUGUUGAUGUUUUAAUGAAGCCUUUUGAACUCAGUAACCUACCUCCAUUAAAUAGCGAUGGUACACCAACCUACCAACCAACCUUAAAUUUCACAUUAAUCAAAGAACUUUUGGAUAAUAGUAACAAGGGUAUUGACUAUGAUAAAGAAUAUCAAGAUAAAAACAAUAAUUAUUUUAAUGAUGGGUAUAAUAAUUAUGACUUUACAAAUAUAACACCAAGGUCAAAUAAGUUUCCCUCUUUUGUGUAUCCAGUAUCAAAAUGUGACAUACCACUCGAUGACAUAGAGUAUCGUUAUUACCACAGUAAGAAAUACCCAGGUUGCGUGUAUUGUUUAGAAAGAACUUGUAAACAAAGAGAAACUUUAGUUUAUUAUGCAAUCGAUAUAGAAAAAGAAAAUGAAUUGGGUUUUGAAACUACAUAUGGCCAAAAAUCAUCGCUGCCACCUGGAUCCAUAAUGAUAUCAAAGGAUUCUGCAAGAUUACUAAAUGUUUCUGUUGGAGGUCAAGUUUUUAUUGAUGUUAAUCCAUAUCAAUUGUUCCCAAUGAUGUGGGAUAAUUCAAUGCCAGAUUAUACAAAGCGUUACAGACAUAUUUAUACCUUAUUUACAGUCCAUUCAAUUUAUGAUGAUAAUUCAGUACCAAUUACAUUAGAUUAUAAAUCACUAUUUCCAUAUAUAGCAACACAAAUUGACCCUAGAUUCAGUAAUUUUACAAAAGAUUAUUUAAAUAAAGCAAGUUUUUAUGAUUAUAGCAAUAGUAUUGUGAUGAAAUUUCCAUCACCAAGAUUAGAAAUGUAUAGGGGAACAGAUAUUGAAAAAACAUUGCAAAGGGUGUUAAGAUAUACUUCAAAAAUAUUAUAUAGAGUGGGUUUUAAUUUGGUUACAGUAAAGAUACCGGUUAUGGACGAAUUGUACAAGAGUAAAGAGCUUUCCUCAAAUUUAGGUCUAUUAUUAAAUAUAAUAGUAUUUGUUUUCUCAUUACUAUCAGUAUUACUUAUAUAUACAACACUGAUGGUUGAUGUGGAUUCAAUGACUUUCAACAAUGGUGUAUUUAGAAUGAUUGGCGCAAGUUUAACAUUUAUUGUAAGAUUAAUGGUAUCAAAGACUUUGAUAUUUGCUAUUCCAUCCAUUAUAACUGGUCUACUUUUCUCUCAGUUCUUUUUAAUGAUUGUCUCAAAGAAAUUAAAGGAAUAUUCUGGUGAAGAUAUUCAAAGUUCAUUGACAGUAAGUUCAAUAUUGUACUCUUUAUUAUUUGGUCUGUUGAUUCCAUCUAUAUCACUUAUUCUACCAGUACAUAAAGCAGUAAAAAAAUCUUUAAGCGAGUCAAUCGAUACAAGUAGAUCCAAAUCAAAGGGUGUCAAAAUUACCAUCACAAGGAAUGAUUCUUCAGAUUUUAGAUUCAAUAUCGCUGCGAUCGGUCUCUGUUUAAGUAUUAUUGGUUUCUGCACAUACUUUUUUUUACCAAGAGCUAUGUUGACAGGAAAUAUUCAAAUGGUAUUAAAUUUAAUAUUCAUAUUAAUUCUGGUUUCACUGGUAGGGGCACUGUUUCUAAUGAUAAAUUUCCACAUGCUACUUUCAAAGUUAAUCAUAUAUAUCAUAACAAUCUUUGACAGUGGUGCAACUAAAGCGGUGGUUUUUAAAAACAUCCUGGCACACAAACACAAGAAUAGAAAUACAGUUUUCAUGUUUGGUGUAUCAAUUGGCUUAAUCGUAAUGAUAAGUACACUCUACAGGAUUCAAACCGAUAUUGAAGCUUACAGUUAUCGUACGUAUGUUGGUUCAUACCUUAAAAUAGAAAAUGACUAUGGCGUAUUCAAACCAAAUACCGCAAAAGCUAUAUUUGACCGUUUGGAUGAAUUGUACCCAGAAGUUUUAGAGUACUCCUAUUCCUCUCGAGAUUUCAAAUACCUAUCAACACCAAAACAAUCACAGUAUAUAACAAAUUUAGGAAGAGUUUAUAGAUAUCAGGUAGAUUUAUCUGCAGUGUCACCAUCAUAUUACCAACAUACUUUUAGCGAUUUGCUUAAAGUUUCAUCGUUUGACAAGAGCGAUAAAGAUGUCAAAAUCGAAAAUAAACAGGGUUUAUCAUAUGCUCUCUAUAGCAAAGACUCUAUGGCUAAGGGUCUUAUUGGUUCAGCAUACAAAAGUUUGAUCGGGACAAACUUUAACUACCCCUUUUUAUUAGAAUCUUCUGUGGUACUUAAUGUUACAGGUUCUAGCAGAACAAUAGUUAAUGAAGAAGGUACAACCACAACUGUAGCUAUAACACCAUAUGGUGCAAGACACAUAUUAAAACCACUAGCAUUCUUAGAAUCUUCACCAAUGCAUUACUUUUCAAAAAACCCAAAUAAUGAUCACCAAGCAAUGUUGAUAUCACUUCCAAGCUAUCAAAGAUUUACCAAUGGUUAUUUUGAUUCAGUCAGAGAUAUUCCAAUUUCAAAUUUUAUAAUUAAACCACAAAAAACAGAUAAAGAGUUCAUUGAGAACUUACAAAAAAAGUUAAAUUUCUCACAGUAUAAUGAUGCGGUGUACUCUUUGAGUAUUUACAAAAACGACGCAAAAUAUGAAGAAAGUAAUAAAAUCAAUUCAAUGUUUUUCAAUUUUGCCACUGUCAUCUCAAUGUUAAUUUCAACUUUCAGUUUGGUUUCUUCAAUGUUUACAAAUAUCAGCGAACAAUCUAAAGAAAUUGGUAUUCUUAGGGCAAUGGGUUUAUCAAAAUUUUCAAUCAAUAGAAUUUACCUUUACGAAUCAUUUGCAUUAUCUUUUGGAUCUUGUAUAUUAGCAAUUUUAGUGGGUAUUUUCAUUUCAUGGACUAUAAUAUUGGAGCAAAUUGUUAUCACAGAAACCCCCUUAUCUUUUAGUUUCCCAUAUAGCAUAGCUUUAGUUGUAUUUAUCUCUUCAAUUAUUAUUUCAUUUAUAUCAGUUUUAUCUCCAAUUAAUAGUUUAUUAAAAAAACCAAUUAUAAAUAUUAUUAAAAAAUAA